AUGUUCGCACGACAGACCGUAACACGGACGGUGGUGCAUUCCACGCGUCUCCUCCGGCUCCCCGCCCAAGCCGGCAGACGAUGGAUCAUGGAAUCGAGGACAGCAACGCCCUCCUCCGCGCCGCCGCCCUACGAUUUCCCCGCAGCCUGGUACAGCAGCGCCGCCGAGGCCACCACACCCAGCGUCACUUCUGCCGCCACUGCAGCCGCUGCCAAGGCGCUUCCUCGAGCCUAUCCCCUCGGGCCACCGAUGCCACCCUCCCCAGCUCCCCAGGAACGUGAAGAAGCCUCUGCCGCCACCGAGGUCCCAACGCCGAAGCAAACCUCCGCAGCCACCACCACCACAUCCACGCAAGAACAAAAGCCCAAACCAGCGCGCCGCUCCUUCCGCGCGCUACGGCCCCGCAAAGCCGCUAUGACGCUCUCGCCCGACGCCGUCCGCGAGCUGCGCCGGCUUCUCGACCUGCCCGAACCGAAGCUCAUCAAGGUCGGUGUCAAGCAAAAGGGGUGCAGCGGGCUCGCGUACGAUCUCGAGUAUGUCGACAAGCCGGGGGCGUUGGACGAGGUGGUGGAACAGGAUGGGGUCAAGCUGGUUAUUGAUAAUCGGGCUUUGAUGAGUGUUAUUGGGAGUGAGAUGCAUUGGCAGGAGGAUAUGUUGAGUCAGAAGUUUGUGUUUCGGAACCCGAAUAUCAAACAAUCUUGCGGCUGUGGUGAGUCUUUCAUGGUAUGA